CAAAAGCGUUAUUUUCGAAAGUUGUUUGCUAGCUAAGCUUCGCUUUAGUGUUUAUCUCGUUUGUUUAAUAUUACGUUGAUAAAAGAAUAUCAAAAAGGAAUUAUGGCGCCUCGAGGGACUCCAAAACGAUUAGUAAACGUGCAAACCGUUGUAAAAGACAUGCCUGCUAAAGGUCGGGCGUCGCCAGUCGGAGCGAUAAAAAAGACCACUGUUAUGAAAAAGCCCGUGGAUAAAACACCAAUUAUAAUAAAGAACACUACAACGGCUGAAGCCAGGGUGACAAGACAACGGACCAGCACAGUUCCAACCUUAGCCACACCAAAACCAAAGGAGAACAAAGCAGUUCCAAUACCCAGCAGUGUCACCAAGAGCGGUAAGAAACCUUCGUGGAAGAGAAGGCCAAAACCGGCACAUUCCGGGGUCCCCAUUCCUGAGAAGAUGAGGAAACUCAUGGAAAAGCAGUUUUUAGAUUCAGAAUUUGAUUUAUAAGUUUGUGAUUAUGACUUAUUUGUAUGAACGGCACAUCAAGGUAUCCAUGUAAAAAAGAUUUUUAACUCUAUUGCUAAAAGAUAAAGUUCAAAAUCAAGGUUUGCUUUGUAAGUUGGUGGUAUUUUAAUACUUGUUUUUAUGAAUGGAC